CGGCUGGCUGCCGCAUGCUGCUUUCAAUUUCCCCUCGGCCGAAGCUCCAAGACCGCGACUACCACGGCAGACACCUCCGCGAGAACGCCAGAUAUGUCUAGUCGCGCGACGCGAACGUAACAUCGUGGCUCGCCCUUCGUCGUGGCGACGUUAAUAAACGAAAGAGAACAACAGUGCUCACUGAGAAAAACUACCACGUCGCGUUACUCGGUCAUUAUUGUCGAUAACUAUUCUCCGCUAGACGAAUUUUAUUUACCUCCAAACUUUUUCCGACUUGUUACCGGCAUCUUGUCGGUAUAUGACAUAGAAGUAUCAUCAUUGCACACUCUUUGAAAUCGGCGGUAGUGCAGUGCUCUAAGAAUACAAGGGCUAAUGCUUAUAAUCGUAACGUACGUACCAUUAUUAAAGGUGUUGUGUAUUACGAAUCUGCUAUUACUGGCAUAUCUCUACAUUGGAGGAGGCAGGAAUAAGGAAAGGAAGGAAGAAAUCUGCUAUUAACUCUUACGUUUUUACGUCGAUUCCUUCAUCCACGCAUUUGACUUUAUUUUUGGAAGCACGCCGGAUUCUCACCGACUCAAAAUGACAGCGCUUUGGCUUCUAGUAACAACUUGUCUUAUGGGUUUUAUAGUAACCCACAGCGCAAAACGCAUUUCGGAACCUCCAUUCAAUUAUGAUGGCUCUUCAAGAACUCACUGCUCAUCCAGUUCUGAUAGGGAUAAUCAACCGGCUAACAGAAUAAAUACGACUAUAAGGCUGAGACAACUGCGCUCAGAAAUGGUUCGUAUCACGGCUGUUAAAGGUCCGCCGCUCGAUGGAUACAUUGUUACGUCGGAUGACGAUCACCAGAGCGAGACAGUAUCGCCGCGUGACAUGAGAAGGGAAUAUAUCACUGGAUUUGAUGGCAGUGCAGGGGAUGCUUUAAUAACGUUGAAUAAAGCCGUUCUUUGGACCGAUGGAAGAUACCACAUUCAGGCCGAUAAUCAGUUGGACUGUAGUUGGAUACUUAUGAAACAAGGACGCAAUGGUGUUCCUACAAUACCAGAGUGGCUGAAAUACGAAUUCCGAGACCAUCCUGGUACAAUAAUCGGUGCAGAUCCAACCUUAGUUCCUGCUUUUACAUGGGAAACAUGGGAAGGCGAAUUGGCAAAUUCGUCCGUAAAAUUGGUCCCGGUCCAGAACAACUUGGUGGACUUAAUCUGGCAGAAAACACGACCAGCUUACAAUAUGUACGCAGCGUAUCCCUUAGAGGAAGAAUACGCCGGGCGACCUUGGCAAGAAAAGGUGAAGCAAGUUCGAUUAAAAAUGAAGGAUGCAGCUGCCGACGCUCUCGUGAUCACCGCUCUUGAUGAAAUCGCCUGGCUGUUCAACAUUCGUGGCUACGAUCUUCCCAACACUCCAGUUCUCAGAGCCUUCGCAGUCAUCACUAAGGAUCACAUUGAACUUUACGCACCUCACCACAAACUUUCGCGCGCCGUCGACAUACAUCUAAAGACGGAUUCCUGUUUUCAUGCAAAUUGCGUCAAACGCCGCAAUUACACCACUAUUUGGUCCGAUCUACGUACAAACUCACAAGCCUGGAGUACCGUCUGGUUACCAUCGCCCUGCGGAUAUGCUCAAGGAGCAUCCAGAGCAAUCUUCUCAGCGGUACGUCCUGAAAAACGACUAGCGAGACCUUCCCCUGUCAUAGCUCUUCGCGCCGAGAAGAACAAGGUUGAAGCUGAGGGUAUGAGAAGGGCACAUAUCAGAGAUGCUGUGGCCAUGUGUGACUUUUUGUCAUAUAUGGAAGAUCAAAUUAAUCUCGAUUCUGAUGGAUGGGAUGAGAUGCAAGUAGCUAGAUUGGCUAACGAAGCUCGUUUCGAACAAGAUCGCAGCAAGAGCAUCUCUUUUCCUACGAUAGCUGGUUAUGGCGCGCAUGCUGCACAGCCGCACUAUGAACCCGUGAACACUACGAAUGUACUUAUUGGCAAACAAUCUACACUGGUAGUCGAUUCCGGAGGACAGUAUUUUGACGGUACCACGGAUGUUACGCGCACGCUACAUUUUGGAGAACCUACCGAAGAACAAAAAACGGCAUAUACGAGAGUAUUGAUAGGCUCGAUUCAAUUAGCUUCCCUGGUUUUCCCAAGUGAUUUAAGAACGGAUCAGUUGGAUGCACUUGCCAGGGCACCCUUGUGGAGUGCUGGUCACGAUUACUUACAUGGAACUGGGCAUGGAAUUGGUCACUUCCUCUCCGUUCAUGAACCGCCGAUCAGUAUAUCGUACACGCAAGGAACAUCAACUUCUGAAUGCGAAGCUGUGAAAAUGAAGCCAGGAUACUUUUUCUCAAACGAGCCUGGUUAUUACAAGGAGGGAGAAUUUGGCGUAAGAUUAGAAAAUAUCCUUGAGGUUGUGCCUUCGGAGAUGCCUGCUUACAAAGGGCAGACAUUCUUAAAAUUCAGGGACGCCACUCUUGUACCAUAUGAACCCAAAUUGAUUGAUCUGGAUAUGUUGAGUCCAGAACAUAGACGGUGGCUUAACAAUUACAAUCAACGUAUAAGGGACGAAGUUGGUCCAGAAAUGAAGAAACAAUUACGUAUGACAGCUUUCUUUUGGAUGAAGCAAAAAACGAAACCUAUUCCUGAAUGGGGUCCAGCCAACCAAUCUUCUACAUUCAAACGCUCCCACGUGCUCGUAUUCGCUAUUUUGAUCGUUCAACUUUUACCUGGUAUCAGGAAUAUAUGGAGCUAACUAUGAAGAUUAAUGCUAAUAAAACUUACAAAAUAGCACGAGCAUUUUUUCACGGACAUUCAGUUAACUAAAAGUGUUCGGUGCGGAUUAGAUAGCUUUUACUUAUGUGGCUUUAAUUUAAGUUAAACUACGUCCUUAUAAUAUUAAUUAGGUGAUUACCGUUAAUUAGAGAUAAAUUAUUUGUAAAUAGAACUACUUCCCGUAAUUAUAUUUUAUUUUUGUAAUUAAACUUUUUGUAUCUGCCGUCGGAUAGAUGUAUCGAUUAAGGUCUGCUACGAAGAGUUUAAACACAUUUGCUAUUCAGGAUUGAGGCGAAUUCCACUUUGUAUUGUACAGUGGCUUGUGGAUCUGAUGACGAUCAUCCGUCGUAUUACGCUAUUUACUAUCAGACAGUUUAUUUUAUAGUAAUAUUCGAGAAUCUCGCGCGUAUCAAGUUAUUCGACAUUUCUGCAGGAGCGGAAUAUUAUUAAUGCCUUAUGUAGAUCGUAUGGUUAUUUAUCCAAUGUAGACAAUUACCUGUUCGUAAAUAUUAAGUGAAAAAGAAUUGGCCAACUCGAAUAAAUAAAAUGUACAACUAGGACUGAUAAA